AUGGCUUUGACUGUUGAUAAUCGUAAUAUGUUUUCAAACAUUGAUGAAAUCAACUCUGAUAGGGCAACUUGGAAUUUUCAGGCUAAGGUCAUAAGACUUUGGCAAGUGAAUGAUUUUAAUCGAGUUAAUGUUCCUUUUUCUAUUGAAAUGGUGUUAAUGGAUUCAGAUGGUGCUAAGAUUCAUGCCACUAUUAAAAAAACUCUGAUUUACAAAUUUAAACAUGAGUUAAUCGAGGGAAAAGUUUAUUCUUUUGAAAAUCUUGGUGUGGCAGCUAAUACUGGAGCUUAUAGGACAACACAUCAUCCCUACAAACUGAACUUUCAGUUUGGCUCAUUGGUUCAGAGGCUGUCCAACUGUGAUAUUUUGAAGUCUCCAUUUACCUUUGUUCCGAUUGCUGAUAUUUUGGGGGGUUGUUAUGACACUGAUUUUUUACUUGAUGUUAUUGGUUUCUUGACUGAGAUUGGGCAAGAACGUGAGAUCACUAAUCAGAAUGGUAGUACAACGAAGCUGAAUGUCAUUGCAUUGGAAGCUGAUGGGCAUAAGCUUCAAUGUACACUUUUUGGUCCAUAUGUUGAUGAACUUAAUACCUUUGUUGGAGCUGGUGAUCUAACCAAUGCUGUGGUUAUUGUUCAGCUUGCUAAGGCUAAGAUCUUCCAAGACAAGAUACAUAUCCAGAAUUGCAUGAAUUGUUCUGUUUUGAUAUUUAACCCAACUUGUGACGAAAGUGUAGCCUUAAGGGCAAGUCUCAAUGGUUCUGAUGAGAAUCCGUCUCCAUUGACCUUUACUCAAGUUAGCACAGAGUCAAGUGUUCAACCACUUGAUGAGUUUCUGCACAUUACUCCAAGGAUUACCUUGCAAGGUCUCAAGGAUGCUACAACUGAAUCAUCACAUGUUGUUGCUGCAACUGUUAAGAGGACUUUAAAUCCCAAUAGUUAUUGGUAUACAUCAUGUUUGUGCGGCAAGGCUGUUGUGCCGGAUUCAAAGAUGUGGUAUUGUGAAAAGUGUAACAGGCAUGUUUCAAAGGUUGUUCCUAGGUUUUGUGUCAAAGUCAGAGUCAUGGAUGAUACUGAUUCUGCCAUUUUUGUGAUCUUUGACAAGGAAGCAAGUUCCAUAUUCAAUAUGUCUUGUGCUGAUAUGGUUCGAAAUGGAGAAAAUGAUGUUGGUGAAAGAAUUGUUCCACCUGAAAUUGAUGAGACACUGAUUGAUCAAACUUGGCUUUUUAAAGUUGAAGCUAAACCUUUUCAGAAUCCUAGGUUUGAGCAAUCUUUCCGUGUAAGAAAGAUUUGUACCGAUGAGGGUAUAAUUAAGCAAUUUAAGGACAAGUGGGAUAAUGAGGAUGCUGUGUAUCUUAAAAAUACAAAUGAGGGUGGAUCUUUGAGUACUUUGCUGGCAAAGGGGAAAGAUGAUUAUGUAGUUGGGUCGUCAAACGUCCUUUCUGAGGAGUUUGAAAACUUUAGUGGAGAUUCUGACAAGUCAAAAGGUUUGAUUGUUGAGCGGUCAACUGUUGACGUAUCACAAGAUUUGAUGAUGAAAUUUUCAUCAGCUGUUGUUAAUCUUGGCGAUGAUUUUGAUAAUACUCCUCUUUGUAUUAAGCCAAAUACAUCCUCUAAGGUGAAACAUAUUUCAUCUGCUGCUGUUGUCAACCCGAAUACCGUUGUUGAUGGUGUGAAGCCAAUUCAACCUGAUGAUAAUGCAAAGCCAAUCAACUCUGCUGGAUCUGUGAAUCGAAUCAACUCUGCUGGAGCUGCGAAGUCUCAACAAUCUGCUGCUGUUGUUGAUGAUUUGAGCCAGACAGCUUCAGCCUCUGUUAGGCCAUCUGGACAGCGAAAGAAAAUUGUUCCUAAGAGAGUGUCCCCUCAACAUGAAGAUCGAGAUGUUGAAGAUGAAAAUGCUCCUAUCAAGUUGUUGAAAAGGGCGGUGAAGAUUGAGAAGAUUUAAGCCUCAUAUGAAGGUGUCAGAAUUAGUAAAAUGAUGUAUUAGUAAUAUUUAUGUAAUAAAUUUUGAUGGCCCAGUGGCAGUGGACCUUUAAUUAGGACUAUGUUUAAGUUGCAUUUUGAUAGAUUAGUAUCUUGCUUAAGUAUUGUUGUUUAGUGGCCUAAUGGCAGGGUGCCUUUAAGUAUGGUUUUUAAUUAGGGGAGUGAAUUUGUAAUCAGUUCCAAGUGCUGCAGUCAUUUGGUGGUUUCAAUUUUAACUAUAAUGCUACUUUAUCUUAAUUUUAAUAUAUA